AUGAAGGAAGACAUGGGUAUGGAUUUAACAUAUAUUAUGUAUUGGCGAGCUAAGGAAAUAGCACUUGAAGAGUUAAGGGAAAAACCAUCAGCAUCAUACGGAAAACUACCUGCAUACAUACAUGUGAUGAACACUAGUUAUCCAGGUUCACAUAUAAGAGUGAAAAAGAAUGCAGACAAUGAGUUUUUAUAUAUAUUUGUAGCACUAACUUCAUUCAUCCAAGGGUUCGAUCAUUGUAGACCUGUCAUAGUUGUUGAUGCCAGUCAUCUCAGGGGACUUUAUAAUGGUACUUUCGUAGCUGCAUGUACCAUGGAUGAAGCUGGACAUAUAUUUUCUUUGGCCUAUGGUGUACUUGAUUCUGAAAAGGAUGCAUCUUGGAGUUGGUUCUUCGAGAAUCUGAAAGAAGCAUACGGUGAAAGAAAAGAUAUGUGUGUCGUUUCUGAUCAUGUCUUCUACACCAUGGCAAAAUCAUAUUCAAAGACUGAAUUUCACAAGUUAAUGGAGAAAGUGAAGGCUGUUGAUGCUAGAGUAAAGAAUUACUUGGAAUUGGCCGAUUACGAUAUGUGGUCUAGGUCGUAUGCACCCAUUCAUAGAGGAUGGACUUUGACAUCAAACAUUGUUGAGUCCAUUAACGUUGCGCUGAAUGAAGCGGAAUGUACACGUAUGAAGGUUAUACCUGCAUCAGAGUAUAUCUAUACAGUCCAAUACAAGGAUAAACAUUUUCUUGUUUGUCGUAAGGAAACAAAUGCUCUUGCAAUGCAUUUUAGUUAG